GAGGUGCUAUUGCAAGUUCUGAUUACCUUCAUACUAAAUAUUUAGUAAAAGUAUAUGAUAAUAAAGUUUCAAAAUUACCUGAUCUUUUAAGAGAAAAAAAAAAUUUUAUUACAGUAGAUAAAACUACUAAUUCAU